UGAGGAAGUAUUCGAGCGAGCGCAGUUGUCCGGCUCAUGCAUUGCGGCUGCUCGAAAGCGAACACAAAUAAUUAGUGUUGAUGGUAAACGAGGAACAGUGCAUGUUGCUGGACUUCUGGAGAAAAGAGCGCUCAAUCUUGGCAUUGUACUUGCGAGGUAG